UCUUAUUCUGCUUAUUUUCCGCUUUUUAUAACACCCACAUAAACCUUCACUCAUCCCCCACGUUCUAUGCUCCACUAAUCAGAUAAGAGAACACAGACAUAUUAGAGCAUGGAGAAGCAAAUGCUAAUGGUGAGAAACAGCAACAGCAGAGGCAAAAGAGGAAAUCACAUGCCAAUGGAGAGAAAAGCCAAAUUCUUGUCACUAUCUGCCAUAUUUUUCUUCUCGAGCUUACCAAAACGCACCGUCGUUUUGUUCCCUCCAUUCUUCUUUCUUCUGCUUAUUUUCCGCUUGUUUAUAACUCCCACAUAAACCUGCUCUCAUCCCCCCCACUUUCUCUGCUCCACUAAGCAGUAAAAAAGCACUACUCACACUCUCUCCACUCCAUUGCCUCUUCUCUCUCAAGUCUGAAAAACCAGUGAGCAAUGGCGCCUCCCUCUCGUUUCCUCUCCGCCUUCGCUUCACUCCUUCUCUUCACCCCCUUCUUCGCAGAUGGGGGCUCUAUCGGGGUAAACUACGGCAGAAUCGCCGACAACCUCCCGUCGGCGGUGAAAGUCGUGCAGCUCCUGAAAUCACAAGGGUUAAGCCGGGUUAAAGUGUUCGAUGCCGACCCGUCCGUGCUCCGAUCUCUAGCCGGAUCUGGAAUCAAGGUCACCGUCGAUUUACCCAACGAGAUGCUCUCCUCCGCCGCCAAGAAGCCUUCCUUCGCAGCCGCGUGGGUGCAGAGAAACGUCGCCGCCUACCACCCGGCGACCGAGAUCGAAGCCAUCGCCGUCGGGAACGAAGUGUUCGUCGACACUCACAACACCACCAAGUUCUUGAUCCAGGCAAUGCGAAACAUCCACCAGGCGCUGGUGAAAUCCAACCUCCAUUCCACCAUCAAGGUCUCCUCCCCAAUCGCUCUCAGCGCGCUCCAGAAUUCCUACCCUUCGUCGGCGGGGUCGUUCCGGCAGGAGCUCGUCGAGCCGGUUUUCCGCCCAAUGUUGGAGUUCCUCCGGGAGACCGGCUCGUACUUGAUGGUGAACGCUUACCCGUUCUUCGCGUACGAGGCGAACUCCGACGUCAUCUCGCUGGACUACGCUCUGUUCAGGGAGAAUCCCGGCAAUGUCGACGCCGGCAACGGGUUGAGAUACUUCAGCCUCUUCGACGCCCAGAUCGACGCCGUGUUCGCCGCGAUGUCGGCGCUGAAGUUCGACGACAUCGAGAUGGUGGUUUCGGAGACGGGAUGGCCUUCCAAGGGCGACGGAACCGAGAUCGGUGCCAGCGUGGCAAACGCGGCUGCUUACAACGGCAAUCUCGUCCGUCGGAUCUUGACAGGAGGUGGGACCCCUCUGAGGCCCAAGGCAGAUCUGACGGUCUACCUCUUCGCUCUGUUCAACGAGGACGACAAAAACGGGCCGACGUCGGAGCGCAACUACGGCCUCUUCUACCCCAACGAAGAGAAGGUCUACGACAUCCCCUUCACAUCAGAAGGCCUCAAGAAAUACAAGGACAAAAGAGCUCCGGCCACCGGCGGCGGCCAUGUCACCGCUCCUCCGGUCACCGGAGGUGGAGUGUCGAGGAGCACGACGAGGAACACCUGGUGCGUAGCGAGUGGGGAGGCCGGGGAGGAGAAGCUGCAGGCUGCCCUCGAUUUCGCCUGCGGAGAAGGCGGCGCCGACUGCCGGCAGAUCCAGCCAGGGGCGGCGUGCUUCAAGCCGAACACCGUGGAGGCCCACGCUAGUUUCGCGUUCAAUAGCUAUUACCAGAGGAACGAGCGCGCCGGCGGUUCCUGCUAUUUCGGCGGCGCGGCGUAUGUCGUCGCCCAACCACCCAGUGCGUAUUCUAGACUCAUUCAUUCUCUCUCUCGCUAUCUUUUUGUCUGUUGUGAAUAUGGGGAGUGCGAGCUUCCGACUCGGUACUAAAGAAGAAAGAAGACUGAUUAGCUGGGUUUAGUGAUCAAUGACUCAUCUCCUAACAGGUUGGGAUUGUUUUGAGGGAGUUAAUUUAUGAUGAUUAUAUUUUGGGGGUAGUAGUUGGGGGGGAGUGGUUAAUUUUAGGUACCAUUUGUUACGUAAGCUAAGUUUGUGGGUCUGUAAUUAUUAUUAUUAUUAUUAAGUUGCUUUCAAGGAUUGUGUUAACAAUGUACGUUUCUACUUCUACUACGUAUUACGUAAGCAAAUUUUUUUUUUGGGCUUAGUCGUGAAUGUCGCUUUCUGUCAUUUACAUUUUUAGUAAUUGGCUUUGGAAGGUGGCGUAUGGAUGAGGAAUAAACCACCGUAAUGGGCAUAGGU